UUCGAUUUUCCUGGUCCGUUCUCACUCCUGUCAGCUGUUGCUAGAAUUCGGUUUGCAACACAAAAAUAAAAAAUGGUUUUGUCUAAGGAGGAGCAAGACCUGAUCAAGCGCAAGCAUGAGCAGACUCUGAAGCUGCGUCAGGAGUUUCUGAAGCAGAGCUCCAAUCCCUAUCGCCAUGCCACAGGCGAGGGCGGCACCGUGUUCGACGCGGGAUUAGCCCGUUUCCAGGCGAUGCGUGUCUCCAACUACGAGCACUUCAAGCCCACAGGCAAAUCCUUCCGCACGGGCCUGUUCGCUGUAGUCCUGCCAAUUGCCCUCUACGCCUGGGCUCUUAAGGCGGAACGCGAUGGACGCGAGGAGAAGUACCGAACUGGCCAGGUGGCCUACAAGGAUCGCCAGUUCAAAUUUAUUUAAGCCUUGCAUUCAGCGAUUGAUCUUCGAUUUGUAGUGGAAUUAAAAGAAAACCGUAAAGAAGCUACUGUUAAGUAAACGUAA